AUGAGGGUUCUGGCACUGCUGUGGACGGCAUGUCUACUAAGACAAUGCCACGGUGGAGAUGAUGAAAAGCCUUCAACGUCGGGGAGCAGUCCAUCCGCACCAAAAGAGACACCUCAGGGAGCUACUGGAGUGUCUACUGGCGCUGAAGGACCUAAAGACUCGGAGGAACGAUCGCCAGUUGGGGAGUGCAUGAACUUUGCCAAUCCAAACGGCCCGAAAUACAAGUCCUUUGAGUACUUUUACAACGAGAACCACAUCAUUCUCUCGGUUCCCAACCCAGGAGUUGCCGUUACAAGAGUCAAGCACUUUAGGUCAGCAGUCUGGGAAGCCAAGCCCGGAGAGACGGUUGAGUAUAUCAAGGGUUAUCUAAAGAAUGGGAAGGUUCUGCUCAUCCUUGUCACAAAAAGGGGACCAUAUGGCGUAUCUGGAAAGUGGUUCAUAAAGGAGAAUGGCGCAUGGAACGAGUGCGUGCAAGUUACUGAAGCAAUAAAGUGCCUCAAGACGGUAACUGCUGGCAGCGUUUGUGAAAUUGUACUUGACAUCUCAAUCAUGCAAGACUGCCCAGAAUGCACAAUGUUUGAUGUAAAAAUCAUGGGACUUCCUGCAACCUUUUACUUCCCGAAUCCAGGCUACAUUGUCGCUGCAAUCACCCAGGGGGAAAUGGUCAUUUGGCAGUCGGAUGGCUACGACUACUGCAUUUCCUGCGACCUCUACUCCAAACAUGGCGAUCCGUUAUUCGCGCUCUUGAGCAUCAGAGACGGCAGAUUGCUCUACUACAAGUACUUUGAGAAGAGGAACGGGCACUGGAUAGAAGUUGAUGCCAGGGUGUUUGACGAAAGGCGCCACGCAUUGAUGAGAUCUGAGGACUCAGGUUUGCCAUCUCCUCAAGAGGCUGAAAAGAAGAGCAAGUCAAAGAUGGGCAAGAAGCUCUCUGGCUUCUUUUCCCUGAAAAAGUGCAAAAAGUCAAAGUCCAAGAGCAGCCCUGGAGCAGAGGGCGCCUCGCCAGAAAGACCAGUCAGAACCCCUGUAACAUUCCGCAGGAUAAGUGGCAAGGCCAACUCUGGCUACGAGGAAAUUGGAGAUGAGCUCUCGGGGGAGACCAUUGACCUGGCAGUUCCGGACCCGUCACUCUACCAGUCCUUUGACUAUUUCUACGACAAUAAUCCAGUGAUAAUGGUAGUGCCAGUCCCUGGGAGACGGGUCGUAAAGUUGGUGAGCCCAGAGGGGCUCUUGUGGAAAUCAAGCGAUAACACGCUCCUCAAGCAUCUCAAACUCUACCUGGACAAGAGUGGAAAGCCAGUGCUCAUGUACGUCAUCAUGAAGACUUCCUACGGGAUGCCACGUCAGUAUUACAGCAAGGAGGGAGACGAAUGGAAGGUUUUCAACGGGGAUUACAAAAGGGCAAUUGAUAACCUCAGAAUUGAACCAGAGUCGGUCACAAACUUCUCAAUGGACAUUUCUGUGAGCACGGACACUGAUCAAUGCACAGUCUUUAACACAAAAGUUUACAAUGUAAAUACGCGCUUUUACGCCCCCAAACACGGCUUCCAUGCCAAGGAAGUUCUAGACGACAUGUCCCUGGUAUGGGAAAGUGGAGAGAACGGAAAGUGCCUCUCGUGCGACUUGUACAAUGGACAAAAUAAACCGCCACUCCUCUUGCUAGUCGCCGGAUACCAAAACAUGACCAGGACGCUCUUUUUCGUGAAGAUUAACGGAGAAUGGAGAAGCAUCACAGAGGAGGAAUUUAGCCUCCGAAAGAAUGAAAUGGCCUCCUGA